GGGACCCAGGAAGGUUCAAGAGGACCCCCAGACGGCCUAAGAGGGCUCCAAGACGGUCCAAGGCGCACCCCCUUCCGUAGCCUUGUUGGCUCAAGGCUAUUUUGGCUCAGGGCGGAGUUGCUCAAGGCGCGCGCGGCCUUGAGCCCGAUACCGGCUCGACUUCGACCCCGUGCAGUUGUCGUGCCAGAACCCAUCGACUCCGAAUCCGUGCCCAGAGUGCCGGAUCCAUCCGAGGCUCCCAGGCUUUCUCGUUGACCCUGGGCUGGGUGGCCGACGUCGCCGUCGGAUGGGCAGUGCCGCGUCGCUGCAGCACUUGCCACGCGCCGACGCUGCGGGAGAUUUCGACUGCCUGAUCGCAGAACCGUCCCCAGCUGGAGCCCCGGGCGCCCGGAGGGCAUCGAGGCCGUCGGCACCGUGCGUUGCCAGCGUUCCUCGGGAGCCGCGGUUCGCGCGCUACUCGCCAGAUGGCGUACCAGAUCGGUUGCACGGCGCCUCUCGGCAGGAUAUGCGGAAAGCCAUCAGCGACAUUCUGCACGGCUUCGCGUUCAACUCGGCGGCCCGCUACGGCUCAGGCGCGAAGUUCAUCUGCAUCGGCAUAGAUGAGCGGUCCCCGUGUGGCGUCCAUGCAGCCAGGAGGUGCGACAUGCCCGGCAUCCCAGAAGAUAGGAUCUUGGCUUGGUGCGCGCGCGAGACAAUCUGCUCCGAGGAGGACUGCUGUAGAGAGUCCACCACAAUCCUGAAUUUGCUCAUCCCCAGAGAGGCGGCCUUUGGCCUCGAGUCUACGCAUCGGCGGUCGAACUGCGGAGGGACGUCACUGACAUUCUGCACGAGCAGGGUGCUGCCACGGCGACAGCCUGUUGGUUUCAGGCGUAAGCGCAUUACUCCCAUCGGCCUCGUCGUGGACGACAGACUACAAGGCGAACAUCGGCAGGGCAGUAUGGAUAAUCGCAAUGAACGCCCCAGUGACCCUUGAGUGCGUCGGUAGGGGUUGCGCAAUCGUAGUGCAACGGCGGCUGGCUUGCAUGGCUGAGCGCGCCCGUAAAGUGCCCAAAUGCCGCACUUCGGUGCUUUCUUCUCAGUGGCGCUUUGCUGCUGGCUUCAAGCAUGUAUAUCAAAUAUAAAUAUUCCCUCAUUGAUUCAUUAUCCUGCUGCUUCUUCUCUAGAGUCGCUACUAUCGCUCGGCUGCAGCUGCAGCUGCAACGUGUAUAUUACACGUGUACCAUUACCCCAACGGCAUGAAAGCUGCUCGGGUUUGAUUGCUGGCUUGGAGCCAUCCUCCCCACUGUUUCUUGGCCUUGUAGUGCUGGGCUGGGCUGGGCUGUGAGUUUAGCUUUGUCUCGGGCCGGCGGUCGCCUCUUGCGCAGCAGCGUCGAGGUUGCAGGCGCGAGGGAGAGAGAGAGAGAGAGAGAAACACAACAAGAGAAAGAGAGAUAGAGAGAGAAACAACGAGAGCAAUGAGGAAACGUCGAGCCAGAGAGCUGGCUGUGAAAGUGGCCGCCCUCUCGCGCGGGUGCUGAGCUGCGACAGCUCAGGAGGCGAGCCAGCGGGCAUUACGUCCGCGGACCACUGUACGAUGUUUCAUAUGAGCGCUGGCGUAUGAGCGCCAACGGUUGGAAGAGGGGGGCGACAAGGGGAGGUGAGGAGGUAAGAUGCAGCUGCGUGCGAAUUCAAGAUUCGGAUGACUUGUCCUCGCGCUUAUCCUGGUGCUUUCAAGCGGGUGCGGACGCCUCUUGGGCUGACGUGUGACUGCGCACGUGCAUCUGCGAGACAUCUUUUGUGCCCCAGUUGCUCGCCCGAGGCAGUCCAUUCCCUUGUUGGCUUAAGGCGAGCCGUCUCUUCAGCACUUUCCUCUCUGGGGAUCUCCCCCGUGACCACCUCCUCCCCCCUUGCCUCCCUACCGUCUCUCCUUGUAGCUUUAAUCGCGCGACGCGCCCAGGCUUCAUUCAGCGCGCGCACUCUGUCAGUACGCCUGCGUCAUGCAUCCCAGCGCUAUUGUUCGCCAGGUAUCGACCUCUGCCGAGCGAGUAGCAUCAAUGACUGCUGCUCAUGAGCUCUGGCAGGCGAGGGCCAACGGACAGUCUCUCAAAUACAGCUGUGCCAUUCAUUUUUGGUUGGCUGCGUGUCGUCGUCUGUGAAGGCUAGUCUCCAGUACCUACAGAUUCAGAGUUCAGAUGAAGGCGGUAUCGCCAACGAGCGAUGCGCCCCAUUUACCAUUGUGCCCUGGCUAGUUUACAGUUCGGCUGGCCCUUUACCGGUACACUGGCUCUGUUACCUGUUGCAACUUCUCGAAAAACA